AUGAUUCUCAGUGCAGUUCUUACGAGCGCAUUCGCGCUUCUGGCAUCCGCUCGUUACGCUCCCGACGGUUGCCCGCGGAAGAUUGGCCCAGAGGGUGUACACGCCCGCAUCCCGCCAUUUUUUAAUACCACUGGCCAACAUCAUCAUAGCAAACCAUGGUGCCCACCGCCUGUGGGCUUCUACUUCAAGCCAUGGUGGAUGAUCCUCGCCACGAAUCCCCAGUAUGUCGCAAUGCGUAAUAUACAAUACGACCCAACUCCAGUCGACCCCUCGAACCCGACGGGUUUGGUAAACGACCUCUUUUCGUUUCAGCGUCUAGGCAAUAGCACCAUAUUCACUACAUACGGCGUUGAUACCCCGGACCCACAUCAACCGGCUGUGCUAGACUUUGCAGCAACUGGGAUUCUGAAGGGUGCUACCAGUCGAUUCGCAAUCUUGGUAUGGGGAUGCGAUGCCAACAGAGUGCCUUACUAUGCGAGCUACUCGACAGAGACCAACCUCACAAAGACACUACCAGGUAUCGAUUUGUUGAGCACGAGUAACGAAGGACCGGAUCAGGCAACCGUCGAUGCGAUUCUGAAGGCGCUCAAAGAUCUGGAAAGUCCAGAGAUUACGGAAUGGGUAGUCAAGUUGAACCGAACGGCGCAAGAUGGCGCACGGAAGAACUUGCCUAGGGUUACCUGUGAUGAUUACUGCAAGUCGAACCAAGGCCUGAUUGGAUCGAUAGGUUGAGCACGUGACUAGUCGGGUUCAAUGAGCCACCAGCUGGGCAAAUCAUUUUCUGGUGGGGAUGUAACGAUACUUGUUGUUUUUGUGAUCUAACAUGGAUUUUGCAAUGGAAUGAACCUAUGUGUCUAGAAUGACAAGUAAUGUUU